AUGAUGACGAUUCCAUCGGUAUUCGUUUUAUGCUUGUGCUUGGGAUUGAUCCAUCUGAAUGAAGGUCAAUUAAUUCAUAAACUGCAGGAUAAAAUCAAGAAAGUUGCAUCACAGAACUUAGGUCUCGAUGUGACCCGUUACGAUCAUGAAGAAAUGAUGCUGUUUCCUAACGUUGGUUUUCAACGUAAGGAAGGAGAUUGGCGUUUGAAUUUACAUGGUUGGCGUUUUCAAACAUCGAAAAAGAAUAAAUUUCUUGGUGAAUCAUCAUCGGCGAUGGCACAACGUAUUGCGCGUUUAGUCGCCAGUACCGAACAGGCUGUUUACUAUAAUGAUACAUUUCAACGUGAUCGAUUAAAACCAUUUAUGGUUCAAGAUGAAACACAUGAAAAAAUUCAUAUUAUGAUCGGAACAAAACAUAAUUACACAACGAAAACAGAUGGUGAAGGACAAUUUCGAACGUCAUUUAUUAUUCCGAAUGAAGAUGUGCAAGAAUUAAAACGAGCUUCGAAAAAUAAUCAAAUUGUGACAUAUAAAGCAAUCGGAGAUAAUGCAGACUUGUGGGAAGGAAAAAUUCAUUUGUUGGAACGGAAUGGAUUGUCAGUCAUUUCGGAUAUUGACGAUACGAUUAAAAUUAGUGAAGUUUUAGAUAAAGUUCGGUUAGUCGCAAAUACAUUCAUUCACGGAUUUCGUGUUGUUGAAGGAAUGCCGGAAGUUUAUCGAGGAUGGCAAAACAGAUACAAUUGCUCAUUUCAUUAUCUAAGUGCCAUGCCAGAUCAAUUGUAUACGAUUACGAAGGAUUUCAUUGAUGAUCACAAGUUUCCUGAUGGAACUUUUCAUAUGCGACACUUUCGUUGGGCUUCGACAUCAAUUUACAAUUUCGUUCACUCUGUUGAUACAAAAAUGCAUAAAAUCAACCAUUUACGUUAUUUUGUGUUCAAUAGCUUACGUCAAUUAGUAUUAGUUGGAGAUUCGGGCGAACGAGAUCCGGAGAUUUAUGGUAAUGUCGCAAGAAUGUAUCCUAAACGUGUCCGUCGCAUUUUCAUUCGUGCUGUUAAAAACGAGAAAGAUGAUGACGAUCGUUUUCUCAAAGCAUUCAAAGAUGUUCCAAGAGAAAAAUGGAUGAUUUUUCGAGAUCCUGUUCGAGAUUUACCCAAAAAUUUGGAUGCUCCGCCAUCUGCUCCACAACCCACAACAAAGACACCAUCAAAGAAACCUAAAUCAAAUCCCAAAUAA